AUGCCAGUACCUCGUGGAAUAUUGGAACAGCUGAAACAGCUAAUACCGCCUCUUAAUGGCACCCUUCACAAGGGCCAAUCUGGUCGAGUCGGUGUCCUUGGCGGUGCUUUAGACUAUACCGGCGCUCCUUUCUUUGCAUCAAUCUCAGCGCUGCGCUUUGGCGCCGAUUUAUCUCAUGUCAUUUGCUCGCCAACCGCGGCUGGAGCUAUCAAAUCAUACUCUCCAGAUCUGAUUGUCCACCCAAUACUUUCCCCAGAUUCGACACUGGAGCACGUCAAGUCUGAACUGUCGUCCCUACUCUCUCGUCUCCAUGUUCUAGUGAUCGGCCCUGGGCUCGGUCGCGAGUCAUACAUGAUGGACUAUGCAAAACUGGCGCUGAAUUUGGCACGCUCACGAGAGAUGUUUAUCGUUCUUGAUGCAGAUGCUCUAUUCAUGGUUGGUCAGGACAUCUCUUUGAUCAAGGGAUACCAUCGUGCCGUUGUCACUCCCAAUGUCGUUGAAUUUAAACGUCUCAGCGAGCAGGUCGGUGUGGAUCCGAAGACCCCUGCGGGGGAACGGGCAGGGAUGGUCUCGCGUGAGCUUGGUGGGGUUACGGUGUUGCAGAAGGGAGCCAAAGACAUCAUAUCUGUCGAUACGACCGGCAACAAAACCAGUACUACGGAAAAUUCUAAAGAAACGGUGGAAGUUGACAUUGAAGGUGGGAUGAAGAGGUGUGGUGGGCAAGGCGACAUUUUGAGUGGCGCUGUGGGUACGAUGUUGGCGUGGGCGAAGUGUUAUGAAGAUGGAGCAUUUGGAGAUAGAAAACUUCCGGUAUCACGCAUGCCUCUACUAGCAGCUAUCGGCAGUAGUAUGGUCACUCGAACUGCAAGCCGUCGGGCGUAUGCAAAGCAAGGCCGGGCUGUCGUCACGGAGGAUAUGAUCCCAGAGGUCGGUCCUUCAUUCGCAGAAGUUUUCGGAGAAAGCGAGCAAGGAAAACUGUAG